UGUAAAAUCGUGAGAAAAGCACAAGGAUAGUUGCGGUUUUAACACGCAUGUGAAAGAAAAUGCAGUAAUAGUUAUUAUGAGAGCUGCACCGACGCUGGAUAAAAUUAUUGCUUUUCUUAAGGUGGAUUUAAUGUUUGCUUGUUGUUGGCCUCUACCACCAACUGCCACGAAGUUUCAGAUAAUUCGUGACAGAAUAUUUCGAUUCUUAUCAGGCGUAAACGGUGCAUUUAUAAUUAUUGAAUUAAUAUAUUCGAUCAGUAAUCAUCUUGAUAAUGUAUACUUAAUUAUGCAAUUAGCUUGUGCAUUAGGUAUCUUUUGUGAGGUUCCAUUGCAGAUAUUUUUAUUUACUCAACAGCAUGAUCGCUUACAAAGUGUAAUUUGUACAAUGGAAGAUUGUUAUAAACGAGCAAAUGCUGAGGAGAAGAAUGUGUUUCAACAAUAUAUUAAUAAAUAUAUAUUACUGUAUGGAACUACCUUGACUUUGACUGCUGCAUCUUUAGUUGGUUCACUUUUAGUGCCACUGAUUCGAUCUCGUAUGUUUCCGCUAGAGAUAGAAUAUCCAUUUCGCGUUGAUUAUCAACCGAUGACAGCAAUAAUUUAUUUUCAUCAAGCACUCGGUAUGUAUCAAGUCUCUUGUCAAGUAAGCGCUAAUGUUUUUCUCGCUCUUUUAUUAUGGUUUACGACGGCACGUUUCGAGAUUUUGUCCAACAAAUUCCGUACGAUCACGAAGUAUUCUGAAUGGAAAACAUAUAUACAGGAACAUCAAGAAAUCUUAAGAUAUGCCACAGAAAUGAGCAAUUCCAUCGCCCACGUAGUGUUAUCAUCGCUCGGUGUUAGUACUGUAACGCUAGUGUUCGGUGGCGUUACAUUUCUCAGCCGAUUCCCGCUACCCGUAAAAAUUCAAUAUAUAAUCGUAUGCUCCACAUCAUUGACAAAAGUACUUUUAUGUGCCUGGCCAGCUGAGUAUCUAAUGAGAACAAGUUCUAACAUUGCUGAGGCAGCUUAUAAUUCAUUAUGGUAUAAUCAAAGCAUUGAUUCACGAAAGAUUAUGCUAUACACUUUGCUCCGGUGUCAACGAGGUGUAGUUAUAUCUGUUCCCGGAUUAUUAAAAGCUUUAUCUUUUCAACAUUAUGCCUGUUAUCUUUCGACGGCCUUUUCGUAUUUAACAACGUUUCGAAUAAUUCUUUCUGACGAUGAUAAAGUAUAAUUUAAAAGAAUUUACUAAAUUUCGUAAAAG